AUGCAGCCCCAUCUCCGAGACUUCUACCAGAACAACAACCCGCAGCUGCAGCAGUACGACGCAUCCCAGUACGUCUACGCGAAACCGACUCCGAUACAACUGCCGGCGCACCCCAACCCACCCCUGCUGCCCGCGCCGCCGCCGUUCGACUUCGACUUUGAUUACGUCCGUUCAACAAACGGCGGGAGCCUCGGCGGCGCGUAUCCGAUCCUCGACGGACUUCGCCCUGCCGCGCCCAGCUCGGCUAGCAGUGGCCGUGCUCGAGAUCGUGCUCAGGUUACGGUACUCGGCGGCAGCCCACCUGCUUCGUCGUCAUCCGCGGACUGGCCACCUGUACCAGAUCUGAUACCGGAUUCGCCUUCCUCCUUCUCACCGCCUAAUACGUUCCUCGUUCCCCCGCCGCCGUCUUCGACAUCGUCGUCGUCGAGUCGCCCCGGCCCUGGCCCUGGCCCCCUCUCGAGCUUUGUCCACCCCGCCGUCGCUGGGGCCCAAGCCGUCGCCGUCAUGGCUCCUCCCCAGCAGCCGCCGGCAGCGCCCGACUCGCUGGCGCGCAACGACUUUCGCUCGGCUUCGGUUCCACCACUCGGCGAGAUCCCCAAACCGAGACGGCGCCGCACCCAGGAGUGGAGCGAGCAAGGAUCGUUCGUAUCUUCCGUGUACGCCCCCAACGCCCAACCUCUCCUCGCCGCUGCCGCGGCCUCUGUCACCGCGGCGCCCUCGUCGUCAUCGUCGUCGCUGCAUCCGCAGCUGCCAGGCUUCGCACCCGUAGGCACGCUGCCAUACACCUUCUCCCAACUGGGAUCGGCUUCGACUUUCACCCCCAGUCCGACCGAGGAAGCAGGGCAGAGCUCGUUUUAUGCCCCCUCCGUCGACCACCCUCUGUCUUUGCACGAGCAACAGGACCUGCUCGACCGCGUCAAGCGCGAUCUUAACGGCGUCGAUCUCGACUCGAUCAAGGGGCCAUUGCGCGCCCUCGCUCUCUCGGGCGGUCCUUCAAUACACGACAUUGCGCCGCCGAACCAGAUCAUGACCAUGAACGAUCUCUCGCCCCAUCGGGGGACCCGGCUCAUGUCGAAACCGCUCUCCAGUGCGCGCGACGACGAGAUGGCUCGCAAGACCGUCUCGCCGCAGGAGGCCUUUCUUGACUACGAGGACGUCGAUCACCGUCUCCACGCCAACUCCCGCCUCGGGAACAACAUCUCGUCGUCCUUUGGGCUCGGGGUCGGGGCCUCGCUGUUUGCCCCCCUGCCUACCGUCGCGUCGUCGGUGCCCCGGCCGGCAUCGAGCCCAGUUACCGGGUCCGCCGAAGGCGCUCCCACCUCGCCGCAUACGUCCCCACCGAACGUCGCCAGUCUUCCUUCCACCUCGCCGCGGCAUAAUUCAGGCUUUGCGCUGUUCCCACGCAAGCCUCACCCCUUUGCCGUACCCCAAAAUGCCGUCAGCUGGGCCGAGCGCCAGGCCGGGCACGAGUCGAACGAUGCCGCCGACGAUUACGAGCGGGAGAGUAGCGACGGCGACGGCGACGGCGACGGUGAUGCCGAGGGCGACAAAUUUCCCCAACUGUCGAAGAGAGCUGGCGAAUUCGGUACCGGUACCAUCGCCGGCAAGCAACCCGCCCGAUCCGCCGCGGCCGAACUGUUCGACAGCGACGAGGACGACCGCCACAGCCUGCCCAGCGUGUACGCACGAUCGACGGGUGGGAGCGAUCAUGAGGUCGUGGGCCACUUUGACGACGACGAGGCGUCCAUCGGCCAGGACAAACCCGGCACCGUCCCGGAAGCUGUCAGGGCCACGAUCGACGAGACGCUUCAUUCGACCUCGACGCUGACGGACCGACUCGUAUCGCUCGGAACCGCGUCGGUCUCGUCCACACCGCCCCCACCCCCGAGUGCUCUGACGAACGAAGCGACCUCUUCGAUACCGGCUCCGGCCCUGGCCUGGGCCAAACCUCCGCCCCACCCGAUGCGAAGCUCGUCGCAGAGGACCCUCGAGACAUUGCAGCCGGCCCCUGUCGGAGGCGACGGUGCCGCGGACGCACUCGGGGAAUCGGACACUGUUAAUGAUGCUCGCGCGUCCGGCAACGGUCGCCGAUCCAUUUCGGCGCAACAAAAGCGAAGUCGGAGUCUUGCUGCCGAGGAGGACGACAUGGAGGACGCCGAGGGUGACGACGAUGACGACGAGUCCGUCGACGAUGCCUCGUCCCAAGAUUCCGACGGUUCGACCAAGAAACCCCCUCGGGCACCGACGAAGCGAGGCCGCGCGAGCGCAGCACCGCAUAAGCGUCGGCGUCGUGUCCCCUCCGCUCGGGUUCCCUCGGCGGCUUCGACGACCGCAACCUCGAGCUCGUCGCUCGCUUGCUCGCACAAGAUGUCGGACGGUUCGAUCUGCGGCGUCGUCUUCCGAAGACCGUACGACUUGGCUCGGCAUCGCGAGACAAUCCAUGGCGAGGGCGGGAAAGCGGGCAAAAAGCACGAUUGGAUCUGCAAGCAGUGCGGUGGAUCAUUUUCGCGCAAGGACGCCUUGAUACGACAUGGGCGCAUCAGGAACCACAAGGCUGGGUUAUGA